UCAUUAUAAUUAUAGAAAUAAAAAUUAAUAUUUAAAAAUCUUUAAAAUGAUAAAAUUAAAAUUGAAACUUUUUAUUAUAUUUUUAUGUUUUUGUCAGUGGAUAAAUGCCUAUACGCAAUUAUCUGAUGAAGGAUUUUCUAUUUUAACAAACUUAACAGAAAUUGAAGCUCAAAAAGUCGCUCAAGAUUUUUUGAUACCAUUAUUAGUUCCUAGAGUAUCUGGUAGCGAAGGAAAUCUUAAAGUACAAAAAUAUAUUAUUGAUCAUUUUCAAACGUUAGGAUGGAACGUAGAAGAAGAUAAAUUUACAGAUUCAACGCCAAUAGGAGAAAUUUCUUUUAAUAAUAUAAUCGUAACAAAAGAUAUUAAUGCAAAAAAUAGACUUGUAUUAGCUGUUCAUUAUGAUUCAAAAUAUUUUGAACCACCAAAUGAUGGAUUCAUUGGUGCUAUUGAUUCAGCUGUAUCUUGUGCUAUUUUAAUGGAUUUAGCAUAUAGAUUGGAUCCCUAUUUUGAUAAUAGAGAUCCUAAUUCCGUUUCUAAAACACUUCAAAUUAUUUUCUUUGAUGGUGAAGAAGCUUUUAAAGACUGGACUUCUACAGAUUCUUUAUACGGAUCAAGGCAUUUGGCAACUAAAUGGGAAAAUACAUAUGUUGUUGACACAGGAAGUACACAAAAUAAAGGCAAUAAUUUACUUAGCGGUAUUGAAGUCUUUGUAUUAUUGGAUCUAUUAGGCGCCCCUGAGCCAUAUAUACCAAAUUUUUUUCCAAUAACUUCAUGGUUAUUUAUGGAGUUGCUUGAAAUUGAAGCUCGUUUAUAUAAGAAUAAAUUAAUUAAAUUUACACAACAUAAACAUAAAAUGAUUGGAAUGCCAGUGGGAGACAGUUUAGAAGAUGUUACAUAUUUUGAUACCGAUUCCUUACAAUCUUAUCAAGCUCAUAUUGAAGAUGAUUAUAUUCCUUUCUUAAUAAGAGGCGUUCCUGUUUUACAUGUUAUUCCUUGGCCAUUCCCUGAUUGUUGGCAUAAACUUUCUGAUAAUGCUACAGCCGUAGAUCACUCAGUUUUUUUUAAUCUAAACAAUAUAUUUAGAAUUUUUACUGCUGAAUAUUUAGAUAUUGAUCCAACUUUACCGAAAAUUAAAACUAAAAAGAAUUAAUUAAUUUAUUUAUUAGAUGAACGAAACUUAGUAAUUAAUGUUAUGAAAAUAAUCGUUUAGAUAGAUUUAAGUCUAGUUUAUUAAUAAACU